AUGUAUCUCUUUUUCUUUCUUUCUGUCGCUGCGGCACUGCAGACUCUGCCGCCAGUCAAAUGGACGCCUUUAUCGGGCGAAUUCUCUUUAUCGUCGACUGAGAAAACCAUAUACAUUGACAAACGCGUCGCGUCGCAUAGAGACGCGAAUGGCCUCACUCUCAUCCCACCGUCUGCCUAUGAAUUCGCAGAUACUUUCAGACACGAUCUAGAAGAAGUCACCGGCAAUAAGUGGGAUCUUCAAACUGUAGACACGAACAACGAUAUAGCAGGAAUCUAUCUCGGUCUUCUCGAUCACCAUUUCACUUACGACAAUGGCCGUCCAACAGAAGAAGCAUACACCCUCAACAUUCAGCCUGAUAGGAUAUCUAUUCUCGGCUCUGGAUCAAGGGGCAUCUGGUGGGGAACUCGCACUCUUCUUCAACAACUCUUGAUAAAUGAAACCAUCCCAGCCGGCCAAGUCGCCGAUUCUCCCGCCUAUCCAACACGCGGAUUUCUCCUCGACGCAGGCAGAAAAUGGUACGCACCGAGCUAUCUGAAGGAUCUCUGCACGUAUGCGUCGUUUUUCAAAAUGUCCGAGUUUCACUAUCAUCUCAGCGAUAAUUAUCCGCUUAGUCGCGGUCCUGAAACCCCGUGGAAUGAGGUUUAUUCGCAGUUUUCGUUGCAUCCGGAGAAUCCAGAGCUAGUUGGUCUUGUACAGAGGGAGAAUGAGACGCUGUCGAGGACAGAGUUUGAUGAUGUGCAGCGACAUUGUGCCAGUCGAGGAGUGACGGUUAUCCCGGAGAUUGAUGCACCAGGUCACUGUCUUACGUUGACGAAAAUGAAGCCGGAGAUUGCUCUGGAUACGAAGGAUCUGCUGAAUCUGUCGCACCCAGAAACUAUUCCUCUGCUCAAGUCGAUUUGGACGGAAUUCCUGCCUUGGUUCCAUACGAAAGAAGUGCAUAUCGGGGCUGAUGAAUAUGAUUCUUCCCUAGCGGAUGAUUAUAUCAGCUUUGUCAAUGAAAUGGCAGACUUUAUCAAUGCGACAUCAGGGAAGAAGACACGUAUCUGGGGAACACCAGAGCCAUCGGAAACUCUGAACAUCUCAACGGACGUGAUCAUCCAACACUGGCAAUACGGACAAUCUGAUCCAGUCGAGUUGGUCAAUCAAGGAUACGAAAUCAUCAACUCGGAAGAUUGGUGGGCCUACAUUUCGUUGAAGAAUGACCAUAUGCCUCUCCUGCCAGCGCCGUAUCCGCAGCUUUUCAACAAUACGCGACUUCUCAAUUUUGCAGAUCAAGAUGGAUUGCAGUGGGAUCCGUCUUGGUUUAAUCCGGUUAAUAUAAGUGAACAGCCUGAUCGGAAGCAUGUUGGAGGCGCUAUUCUGGCAGCGUGGAAUGACAAUGGACCAGAUGCAACGACACAAUUGGAAUACUUUUAUGCCAUUCGCAAUGGGAUUCCGGUAGUUGCAUCGAAAGCUUGGACGGGAGGAGGAUUAAGUCUAGAUGAGCCGAGUCUAUCAGAUUCGAUCGAUCUAUUCACAUCCAAAGCAGUUGGACAGAAUCUGGAUAGACGGUUGGACAGCAGCAGCUGGUCAUUCGACGAUAAAUCAGAAGUCAUUCUCGGCAAAGGCAGCAAAGGAAUGAACUAUACCUUAGAACUGGAUGCCAACGGCCCAUUCAUCCUCUCCUCCAGCGAUGCCACCCUCUCCCUCGUGGACGAUGGAACAUUAUCCUUCACCUCUGACGGCUGGGAAUAUCCCCUCCGUUCCAUCGACGAAGCAGACGGUUUCGAUCCGAGCUAUCCCGGACGCAUCUGGACGAACCAGACUACUUCCACGCAUGAGGUUGUUCAUGUUCCUCUUCAGAGUAAUAUCACCAUCUCAACGGAUGUCAUUGGCGGUAGUCGGGUGUGGGUGGAUGGGGAGUUUGUCGGGCGGUUCGAAGUAUUUGUAUACGGAGGGAAGAAUCAAUUGUUCUCGUGGAGUCAGAUGGCGUUUGUUGCGCCGAUGGAGAGAGCCAAGAGUAAUGUGACUGCACCGCCAGUGGGAUGGGUUCAACCAGAUAACAAUAAUACUGCGUCUGGAGGAUACACAUGGGGCCACUACAUCGCCGCCACUGGAGUGAAUCUAUACAACUACGCCGUCAGCGGCGCAUCGUGUUCGAACAAAAUCACCCCACGAGCAUACUACAACAGUCUCUUUCCAUCAGUAUUAGAAUACGAAAUCCCAGCAUAUUUAGCGGAUAGCAACUACACCACACCGUCCGGCCAUAAAUUCCUCACCACCCCCCCCGAUGAAACCGUCUACUCGAUCUGGAUUGGCACUAAUGACCUUGGCAAUAAUGCCUUCAUCACUGACUCGCAAACCACCAACAAGACCAUACCGGAUUACACCGGGUGCAUCUACGCCGCUCUAGACCAGGUAUACAGUAAUGGCGGGCGCUACUUUAUCCUCAUGAACGCAGCGCCACUGCAGCUAGCCCCGCUGUAUGCCACACCGGAGCACAACGGCGUCGGACAGAACCACUACUGGCCGAAUAAGCCGGAGAACCUCACCGAAGUCAGUUUUCGCAUGUGGGAGCAGGUAGCGACGGUGAAUGCGAUUCUGAAAUAUCAGACGGCGUAUGAAGUGAUGGCGGGGAGGUAUGCUGGGGCGCAUUUUGCGGUGAUGGAUAUGAAUGGAUUGAUGACGGACAUGUACAACCAUCCGAGCGAGUAUUUCGGUGGAUCUGCGAAUGUGAGUGGAUUCGUGAAGCACUGCGAUCUCAGUGGGUCGAAUUGUGCGAGUCGCGAUCAUCCCGAGGGGUAUCUGUGGUAUGAUGAACUGCAUCCAUCGGAGAGGACAGACGAGAUAAUCGCCCAGCACUUUAUGGAAGUGGUGCGAGGGGAGAGCAAAUGGGCGACUUAUUGGUAG